AUGGAAACCCCGGAUGGACCAUGGGCAUGGUGUGUUCUGGCUGCUUCUAUGGUGACCUAUGCAAUGACCUUAGGAUUUCCUUCAUCUAUUGGAGUAUUUUAUACGGACCUCCAGAAAUCUUUUAGUGCAACCAACCAAGAAACCUCCUGGUUUCCAUCAAUUAUCACAGCUGUCCUGCAUGCUGGAGGUCCAUUAUGCAGCAUAAUGGUGGAAAGGUUUGGCUGCAGGAUAACGGUCAUGGUCGGUGGUCUUCUUUGUGGAAUUGGAUUGGUUACCAGCUCCUUCUCUCAGAACAUAAUACACUUGUACCUAAGUGCAGGGAUUGUUGGAGGUUUAGGGCUGUCGCUCAGCUUUCAAGCAUCAGUCACGGUGCUUGGCUACUACUUUAUCAAGCGACGAACUUUGGCUAAUGCUCUUGCCUCAACAGGAGCCUCCAUAGGCAUGGCUCUUUGGCCGCUGAUUUCCCAGUACCUCCUAGAGACAAUGGGUUGGAGAGGAUCCUUUUUGAUAUUUGGAGGUAUAUUGCUUAACUGUUGUGUAUGUGGAGCAGUGAUGAGGCCAGUGAAAGCUCCGCCAUCUGCCCCUGUUAAAGACAUGUCUUCUUCAAUGCACAAUGGAACAUCUGGUGGUGUAACAGAAUUGGAACAGCGAAAAGGAAUACAGAGGUACAUGGCUUUUGACCUAUUGCUUAGACACAGGCGAUACCAGAUUUACACAAUAGGUGUGGCAUGGAUGGUUCUAGGCUUCGUUUUGCCACUUUUCUACUUGGUACCAUAUGCAACCAGCAACGGCAUAGAGGAAAGCACUGCUGCACUGUUGCUCUCUCUUAUUGGUUUUAUCAAUAUUUUUGCACGCCCAGUGGCUGGAAUCAUAUCACAACACAAGGUGUUCUCUGGAAAACUCAUUUACCUUUUUAGUUGUGCCGUAAUUACGAAUGGACUCAGUAACCUGGUAUGUGCAGUUUCAGCAUCAUUUCCAGCACUUCUGGCAUAUUGUGGCCUGUAUGGUGUCUCUAUGAGUGUAAUUGGAGCGCUGGUCUUCCAUGUGUUGAUGGAAAUAGUAGGAAUGAAGAGAUUUCCUGGAGCUUUUGGACUUUUUACCAUCCUUGAAAGUGUUACAAUCUUGAUCGGACCACCAUUAGCAGGUAGGUGUUGA